GUUCACAUUCACCGUUUUUGUCUAACCCAUUGAACAUAAUCACCGCGUCAGACAAACACAGUGAACAAUUCACCGUUUUAAUUUAAAACGAUGACGUAUUCACCGUGGUAAGCAAAACGUUGAAUAACGAGCUUACCAUUCACCGCCUUAAACGAAAACGGUGAAGAAAUACCGUUUUAAUAAAACGCGGUGAAAUAUUCACAGUAUCGAUCAGUCACGAUGAAAGCGAUGCGGUUCGUUGACGUGGACAAACGUGGGGUAUUCACCGCGUUAGACAAACGCGGUGAAUACCCCGCAUUUGUCCACGUCAACGAUCCACGUCGUGUAGCUGCUCACCAUUGCCGUUGGAUGCGGUGAGGCACAUUUUUGGUUUUCUUCCCAGAUCCGACAUCCCACAGCGUCCCACGUCAGCUCGAUCCGCGCCCUUCACCGUCUUCGAUAAAGGCGGUUUAUUCACCGCCUUUGUCAUAGGCGGUGAUGGCGCAGUUUGUGUUUUGACGCACAACCUUCCCUCCCCUAUAAAUAAGACCAUUCCCCCUCCCCCUCUUCCAAAUCACACCACCACAUUUACAAUUCUUUCUCCAUCCAUCCAUCCACUCUAGUCUCGUUCUAAGUAUGCUCUGUGGUUGUGACUAAGUCCGAUCUUCCAGAUCAUAAAUAAUUACUAGAGUUAUACCCUAAAGCCUCCAUCCCUUAGAAACCCGUCGAACCUCAGUCCGGCUUCCGCCAAAAAAUGGACGAAGAGGCUUUUCGGGUAGGUUCUUGGUUUUUCUUUUGUGAUUUUUUUUAAUCGAAACAAUUUGAUUUUGUGUUUUUUUUAAUAAAACAAUCUGAUUUCAUUACUUUUUUUAUAGAUGGGUGCCGAGAUAUACGAUCCUCGAUUGUAUAUCCAUUAUGGGCCAAGAGAUACGAAGUAUUUAACCGAUCAAGAAGCACAUCGCUCCCGUGCAAUUUGGGACAACAAUCCGGUAAAUUGAUGAUUUAUUUUGCGUCAUUUUAUAAGGUUUUAUUUUGCUUUCUUUUAACUAACAAAUUGAUGUUUUUCCUAUUUUUUUUGUAGGUAUCACUUAUUCCCGUCAUUCAUAAAGGGAUCACAAACCUUCCCGCUUAGCAUGAUCUGUUGGCGCCGUAUAUAGAGAGGACCGGGUUGGGUAUGUUGAGACAUUUCAUGCGGAUUGAAUUCGACAACGAUAUGCUUACAGCAAUGUCGAAUCGAUGGCGCCCCGAAACCCAUACGUUCCACCUUCCGGAGGGGGAAAUGACGAUCACCCUCAAAGAUGUCGCGAUCCUCACCGGGCUGCCGAUUUCUGGAGAGGCCAUCAUUGGUACCACUACCAAACCCGAAGGAGGUUGGGGGCCGCUCAUUCUUGCUGAAUUGGGAUUUGACAUGCCGACCACCACACCAAUUCAAGGACGGGGGCAUCCACCAUUGAAUGCGAGACAAGUGUCGAUCCCGUGGCUCGUAACUCACAUCCAAAAUGAGGUGGAAAUCAAUGACGAGACUCUGGAAGAUCAAGUGGAACGCUAUGCACGCAUCUACCUCAUUGGUUUGGUGGGUGGAUUUCUAUUCCCCGACAAGUCAAACAGGUGGAUUCAAGGCAUAUGGUUGCCAUUGCUCACUGGUGACUGGGACGCAAACGGGGAAAAGAGUUGGGGAUCGGCCGUGUUAGCUGGCAUAUACAGGGAGCUCUGUACUUGCUCGAAGGUGGGAGCGAGACAAGCUGGUGCGGCGAUGUUCAUCCUCCAGCUCUGGGUAUGGGAGCAUCUUCCAAUGUUCGCACCUCAAGACCCACAUCCAUACUGGAGAGCAGAUGAUGAGCUAUGGUUUGUGCAAAAUCUCCCCUAUGGUGCCAAGUAAGUUUAUUCCGUACUUAACUAUAUUAAAAUUUAUUCAAUGCUUAGGUAGAUUUAAAUUACAUUUAUUCCGUACUUAGCCUAAUUGCAAAUUUAUUCCGUACUUAACUAUAUUAAAAUUUAUUCAAUGCUUAGGUAGAUUUAAAUUACAUUUAUUCCGUACUUAGCCUAAUUGCAAAUUUAUUCCGUACUUAGCCUAAUUGCAAAUUUAUUCCAUGCUUAACUAGAUUUAAAUUACUACCUAUUACGUACUUAGCCUAAUUGCUAAUUCAUUCCAUGCUUCUUAGCUAGAUUUAAAUUACAUUUAUUCCAUACUUAGCCCAAAUUUACAUUUAUUUCAUACUUACUACCAAGUCUCGUCUGUCCGCUCGUACAAACCCUAUCUGCACAAAUAUCACAAAGUUCUUGAAAAUUGAAUCGCGACUCAAUUUUCAACAUAGUGGAAUCACCGUCCUUAUAAUCAAUCCCUAUGUCAGAGUUUGUCAUCCUUCCAUUCCACCGAAUAAUAAGUUGAAACUUCUUGAAUUUACCCAUAUCUACAAUUUAUAAUAAGUAACUAUUAGCUUAAUUCCAAUAAAAUUAACCAAAACCAUAUUGUACGACUAAUAUUACUCCAUCUCAUAACUAACAUAACAUAAACUCAACUAACUAACAACAACAUAAAUUCCUCAACUAACAAAACAUAUUUGCUAUGAUAAGUAAUUCAUAACAUAACAAUAUAACUACUAAAAUAUCAUUAGGAUACAAUACGGAAAUUAAAUCAUACCGAAAAUUCAUGUUAUGUGUAUGUUGCUCAGUUUUGGUUGCUGAAAUUUGAAGAGGGAGAGGGGUUACGUUUUUACAACGCUGGUGGGAGUGGUAUUUAUAGGAAAAUCGGCCAGCAUUUACCGCCUUUGUCUCAAACGGUGAACAAUAUCACCGCAUUUGUCUCAAACGACGAACAUUAGGUGGUUGUGACAUGAUUUUCACCUACCAGGUGUGGGAAACGUGGGAAACAAUCACCGCCGUAACCUAGGGCAGUGAAGAUGUUCCCCGCCUUGCCCUAAAACGGUAACGUAUUCAACGAUUUUAAAUAACACGGUGAUGUCUUCACUGUUUUGGUUACACGUAGUGAAUUGUUAACCGUUUUUGUUAAAGACGGUGAAUACGUCAUCGUUUUAAUUUAAAACGGUGAAAUGUUUACCGUGUUUGUCUAAUGCGGUGAUUGUAUUCACUGCGUUAGUAAAAAAUGGUGAAUGUGAAACAUGUGUACUUUGUGAAUUUUUUUUAUAACUUCUGUAUUAUUGGGAAUUGUUUUUAAGUACUAGUGUACUUUGAGAUUUUUCCCAAAUAUAAAUAGAUUAGUUGCCUAGAAUAUUAAAUAUACCGAGAAAAUUAAUUAUAUGGGUGUGGGUGGGUACCCAUGGGUCGGAUUUACGUAAACACAAACCCAACCCAACCCAAUGAAUAGUGAACGGGUUUAAACUUAAACCUGGCCCAAAACCCAUCAACACGGAUUUUACCCGUGGGUUCCGGUUUUGUUGCCAUCCAUAACCUUGACUCAACUCAUUUGCAACCCUAAUUUUACAUCCCUGCAAAAUUUUCCUAAUACAAGUGUAUCAAAGCCUAAAAAAGUGGUUUAAAAGCUAGCUUCUAUGAUUCUGCUAGGUUUGAGGGCUUUACUAGAACUUUUGGCGUAAAAGCUUUUUGAACGAGACUAAGGGGUCGUUUGGUUUCGGUGAUAGUUUGAUUGAAAUAGUUACAAUGCAUCGUUUUAUUUUUGAAUUUUCUGUGCAAACAAUACAAACAUUGUUUGCUUGAUUUGACACAAAUUAUCACUCAAAAUGAAUGAUAGUUAAAUCU